UCCCCUGUAGCUUGUGGCCUCUUUAAAUCUUCUGAAGAGGGGGAUAAGGCUGGGGCAGGAGGGAAAAACAUUUGGUAUAGCCCCAUGUGACUUCGGUUGAAAGUGGGGGAGGCAUUGCCGUGGGUGAUUCUGGGCUGGCGAGAGUAGUCGGAAGGCUAUUGCUGGACACCGGUAUCGCUCAGUCCUGGCUGGCUAUGGCACCGAGAGCUGGCCCCAAGACAGCAUCUGAGUUGCUCUUUUAUGCGGUGGGCAAUCUCUGACUGCAUAUUCCGGACCGGUCUGCAUACUGCAUCUGUGAAUUGUUUGGUGUUUUGAAUGGCUGUUGCAUAGUGAUGUAUAGUCUGAUGGCCAAUUGCUGCAAUUGGCUGAAGAGGUGGAGGGAACCUGUUAGGCAGAUAACGUUAAUCAUGGUGGGUCUUGAUAAUGCUGGGAAAACUGCAACUGUGAAAGGAAUCCAAGGAGAAUCCCCUGAGGAUGUAGCUCCAACAGUUGGUUUUUCUAAAAUUGAUCUUAAACAAGGACGUUUUGAAGUCACCAUCUUUGAUUUGGGAGGCGGAAAGCGAAUCCGAGGUAUCUGGAAGAAUUACUAUGCUGAAUCCUAUGGAGUAAUAUUUGUUGUGGAUUCCAGUGAUCUGGACAGAAUGGAAGAGACAAAAGAGACCAUGUCUGAAGUUCUAAAGCAUCCUAAGAUAUCAGGGAAACCUGUAUUGGUGUUAGCAAAUAAGCAGGACAAAGAAGGUGCAUUGGCGGAAGCAGAUGUAAUUGAGUGCUUGUCUCUUGAGAAGCUUGUCAACGAGCACAAAUGCCUGUGUCAGAUUGAGCCUUGCUCAGCUAUUGUGGGCAGCGGGAAGAAAAUUGACAAAUCCAUAAAGAAAGGUUUAUUUUGGCUGUUGCAUAUUAUAGCUAAAGAUUUUGAUGCCUUAAAUGAACGAAUCCAGAAAGACACCACAGAGCAAAAAGGAGCUGAAGAACAAGAAAAACGAGAACGAGCUGAACGAGUGAGGAAGAUAAGAGAAGAAAGGGAAAGGAAAGAGAGAGAAGAAGCUGAACGUGAAGGAAGGAGCCUAUCGGAUGAAACUGACUCUGAAAUAGUAACUGACAACCCAUUCCAGCCUAUAUCUGCUGUAAUCACCGAGAACGAAAAGAAAGUUGAAAAAGAAAAGAGGCAGAGGGAAGAGUGAGGUUGAGCCUUAGAAGCUUAAAACAGUCGGAACAAAUGGAGACUGAGGGAGCACAGAGCGAUUAAACGAUGGAAAGCAUUGUAGACUAGCAGUAGAAAGUUAUAAA